AUGACCGACGCCAGGCUAAAGAACUACAAGCGGUCGGGAUUGAUACUCUGUGAAUACUCGAUUCUCAAAAAGGACUUGGAUGGCCUACACAACUCUUCUCGACUAGGCCAUUUGUUACGUGCCGAAAGGACUGCACAAAGGUUCCAUGACAUUUGUUUACCAGCCCUAGAUGCCUCACGAAUUGAUGAAAUUCUGUCGUUUGCUGAUCGAAAUAUUUCAUGGAUAAAUCUCAGACCAAAUCCUUGUAUUUUGAUCGACGGUUUUUGCUAUGAAUUGAGGAAUAUUUACGGACCUGUCGACAGCAACUUCCUGCUAAGCUCACGUAUAUUUCAAAAUAUUGAAGAGCAGGAGACGCGUUUGAAGCUGGAAAUAUGUCGUGAAAUCGAACACAAUGAUGGCUUUUUAAUGUUACAUUAUGAUACAAGCGGUGGUCUGAAAUCCGAGCUGGUAAAACCAUCAGUUGUUUACACACCCAGAGAAUUCUUCGAAACGAAAAAUUCCAAGUUAACAUAUUACAGAUUACCACUUCCUAAGACAAUGUCAAUACUCAAAAAUGGUAUUUUUACGUUUUUGGACAACGUUUAUGACAAAAUAAAAGACACUCUGGUAGUUUUUUACUCUGCGUCAGGAGGCACAAGGACAACAUUCGCGUCUUGUCUAUACAAGCUGCUCGGCUUCAGCAAAAAUCAUCUGUUGGAGGAGGUUGUCAGUUUGGCUAGUGAAAAAAAUUAUAAAUCCCCGGAUAUCCAUGGUGAAUCUUCUCUUAACUCGCAGAUUCACAAUUUAUUGAAACCUUCGAUAGGCAAUACCACGCGUUCUUCUGAGAAAGCCAAGCAAUAUUACGAAUCUUGUGAUGAGUUUAAGAGCGCCAUUUUCAAAGACAAGAGCCAAAUACUGUUCUGUCUCAAACUAAUAUUUUCUGGCCAUCUAAGCAUCAUCAACGCUACACAAUACAUUAUUGACUACAAAUUUUCCAAGUACCUGGUCGAUUGCUUGCUUGAACAGUUCGAACCGUACUACAACUUGAAAUACGCACUAGCAAAUUUGUUGGUGAAGGAAGCCACAAUAUACGAUCGCAAGAUCAUCAUCAAAGCCAACAUCGUUCUUGAAUGGUAUAUGACACUUAUAUUCUAUUCUGAAUACCAAUGCCAUGGUACCGAUAUUGAGUUUCCGGCAUGGGUUGAACAGAAGAAGAUGUACCAUAGAAAAUUUCUAUUUCUUGCGGAAAGACGCAGUGAUUUCAGUGUGUUCAAGCCGAUAAACUUCAAAAGUAAAUUUCAUCCCAUUUUCAAGCACUCAGGUAUUGAUAAGGAUCAUCAUUUGGUGCUUUACAGGGGAAAGAAACAGACUUUCGAGGUCAGGCAAGACGAAGGCAGCAAAUUGCAGGCUAUUUCUGUAAUUGAAGGCACACAUGCCCUAAAAAAUAGUAUAUUGCUUAAUCUUAUGGAAGAGCCAUUAAUUUACAUUAAAGGAGAGGCGUAUCUGAAAAGGAAUCUGAUCUCAUACAAGAACUCGAUAAAGAUAUUUGAAAGCGUGACGUAUCAAAAGUUGGAAGAAAUAGAAAACAUGAUCAAAGAACGAUUGAUUGAACGGCUCCGCUUGAAAAAAUAUCUCGAAUAUUACACAGAGGAAGAUGGCAACCUGGUUCGAAAGGUCAUUUCUGAUCUGUGCGAGAGCGACAUCCAAACACCAAAUGAAUAUUUUCUAUCUAUAACAGAGAAUGCAAAUGACUAUUAUCGCUUUCCAAUUACACCAAACUUUCGUUUCAAGCUUAGCAACUUCAUGCUCUUCACAAAACUGAUCAAGAAAAUCGAAAUUUCUGAGAAGAUCCUCUAUGCCAUAUCAUAUAAUACCAAGAGAGCCGUGUUCUUCUGUAUAUGGAUCGAUCUUGUUAGGAAAAAUUAUGGCGAAAUAAAGGAAAAGAGUAACGUGGUGAAAAUAUACUCUGUUCGGGAGCUUAUACGCGUGCUAGAUUCCGGCUACUUCUCUCUGGCCAUAGUUGACCAUCUCUUCACCAAAUAUAACGACUGUGAUUUCUACACGCACUUGAAAACACUGAACAACCGCAAGACAUUGAUAAUCGCAGUCAAAAGAUACUUCUACACGAUAUGUUUCGCAUCUUAUCUACUCUCCAAGUCUUCGCUGCCCUUUGAUACAUGGAUACUAAAUAGGUACGAGAUCUGCAACAUGUACAGCCAUAUUGAAGAUGAUGUCACCAACAAUGACUUCUUUAUAAAAAUAUACAAUCAUAAAAACAAGGAGCUCACGCAUCUCGGUAGCAGAAAGGGCUCUGUGCUGAGCACGAUGACUAUUCUUAAAAAUGACUAUUUCAAAGGAUUCUCGCUCUUUGAUUCGAUGUACAGAAUUGAUGGCAUUUUUAACAUGCGGUACAUACGCGUUCUAAACCAUUUGAUUGUCGGAUGUGCGAUGCCGAAGGCUAAUGCAGUCAAAAAGCUGCUUCACAAGAUUUUGAAGGAGCAUCAGAAGAUGGGCGCCACUAUACACUGGUUCUGCAUGAGAGAAGAGCCUGUCAUUUACGUGAACAACACUCCCUACGUUUUGAGACGGUACAGUGCGCCAUAUGAUAACAUCGAGAUCACCGGUAUUGAUUCUGAUAUUGUCCAUAAAAUGGAGGUGCAGCUAAAAAAGGAUAUUUAUGAUGAAAUCAAAGACAAUUCGCUCCUUGUUCAUGACGAAACGCUCACAAAAGGUACAUGCGUUAUUACACAUAAGUGGGUGGAAGUCGAGAUGAUCAAGACGAUGAGAGAAGUGUACAAUGUCAAAUCUUUGAUGUUCCACAGAGUGCCAAUUUCUGACGAGCGUGCGCCAAUGCCGCGAUUAAUUAGCUACCUGUACGAUACGCUGUGCAAUAUCAAAGGUGAAAUGGUGUUACUUUUCAACUGUCAGAUGGGAAGAGGCCGUACAACCACGUUUAUGAUUUUGUCGUAUAUGACGUUGAUGAGAGACAGUCUGGACGGUCUUCCGUGGAAGACAAUGGACUAUAAAAAGCCGAGAUUUAUUAUUAUUCAGCAACUGCUGAAGUUUCUGCCUAAUGCUCGGCGAAGCAAGAAGUUUGCCGACUCUGCCAUCGAUAAGUUUGAUCAUAUCGAAAACAUCAGGGAUAUAAUUGACGAGCUUGCAAAAAGCGGAGUGGCGAAAAACAUCGAAAAAGCGCAGGGAUUUCUGCUGCGCUAUAUGUAUGUGAUAUGUUUUGCAGAGUUUAUAAUAGGGAAUGAAAAAUGUUUUACCGAUUUUUUGGUGAACCGCCCUGAAAUUCAAGAUUUGGUUGCGUCAAAUUUAAAUACAGACCUUGAAUUUAUCUAA